CAUCUAUGGAACCAACUUCAAAACGAUUACUACAUCUUCCUUAUCCGCUUUUCCGUAUUAUUUCUUCUUUUCUCUUUUAAUUCCUCUCGUUUCCCAGCCCGGCAGUUCAUCCGUCCACCAGCAGGGCCCCUCGUCCUUCUCUUCUCUUCUCUCGCCUCUCACAGACCACACAAAGCCUGUCCCAACCCCUGCCACAAAGAGAGGCUGUACAGUGGGAACGAACCACAGGCCACGCGACGUUUUUUUUCUUUUGUUUCCAAGGUUCAAGGUUGUCGCUUUGCUGCUCACUUCAGCUACUCUUGCAAAAUGGAUCUCUUGACUAAUGAAGCUGCUGGAUUGAAAAUUGGACACGGAUGGGGUCACGUCAGCCAAGUGGAGCUGCUUGUCAUGGACUCGCGGAUUCUGGCAUUUUGCAAGAUUCGCAAAGCAAAAAAGAAAGCCGAAUGCUACCAUCUAACGAGACACGGCUUUAAUGAGAUGGACACCCGAUACGAGUUGCGGCUGCAUGCGGUGCUAUUUUUCAAGAAUGCCCAACUAUGGUCUUUGCUUUUCAGCUCGAUUAAUUCCCCUAUUCUGUUUGCCUCACCCGCCAUCGCGGCGAUAAGUUUGUUUGUCUGGGACCUGGAACCGAAUUGACACUCAAAAGACGAGCGAGAGACACACGGACGCAAAAAAAGAGAAAAAGAAAUACUUUUUCACAAGUAUUUACUCCGGGCCCAUGGCGAUGCCUCCACCAACACAACGGGGUGGGAUCCAUCACCAGGGCUGCUAAAGCCAAGACGGCAUUGUCCAGAACUUGAGCUAACAACAGGUUGCAAAACGUUCUUUCACCCCCUUAAACUCCUCUCCUGGCGCUACACUCGCAAGACAAAACGGC